AUGCUGCUUUAACCAUGGCCAAGGCUGCUCUCUCCUUCUGGUCUAUUUAAAUUAGAAGUCCAGCUGUCUGAUAUGUAUAGCUGAUUCAGGUAAAAUAACAUUUUCUUUCGCUAUGUCUAGCGUAGCAAUAAACAUAGUUGAAAACACGAUUCCGAGAGAUGACAUGGCAAAUACAAAGAUAGAUAGUGAGUUACAUGAGUGUGUGAGGCAGGACAAUACUGCGGCCUUUAAAAGCCGCGUCCAGCAACGUUUACCAGAGAAGCUAGUGACACCCUGCGGGAAUACACUACUUCACGUAGCUGUAAGCUAUGGAAGUGACAAUAUUACAUCUUAUCUGGCUGGAACGUUUCCUUCUCUAAUCACCAUCCAAAACAGCCAGAAGGACACAAUCCUUCAUCUUGCUGCCAGAGAAGGAAAGACCAGUCAUGCUGCCAGAGAAGGAAAGGCCAGUCAUGCUGCCAGAGAAGGAAAGGCCAGUGAUACAAUUAAAUCUCUUGUGGAAUCGAAUCCGAGCUUGAUCAGGAAGACAAAUACAAAGGGAAACACUCCUUUGCAUGAUGCAGUGAUCGCCGAUAACAAAGAAGUUGCCAAACUCCUAGUUUCCAGAGAUCCAGAAGUGGCCUAUUACAACAACAAUAAUGGCAAGUCUCCUUUAUAUCUGGCUGUUGAGAAUGGCGAUAAGAAAGAGAUACUUGAUGUUCUCUUGAAAACGGAAGCUUCGUUCCCUAUAAAAAGUGAAGAUGGUGAUGCCCUACCAGAAGGAAAGUCCCCUGUUCAUGCUGCCAUCAAGCAACGUAACAGAGAUGUUUUGGAGAAAAUUGAAAAGGCAAAGCCAGAGCUAUUACGUCUCACCGAGGAAGAGUUGGGAAAUUCACUGCAUUAUGCAUCAUCCAUAGGUUUUCUCAAAGGAGUUCAAUUCCUAUUAAAGAAGUUUGACGAUGGUGCUUAUGAAACAAACCUUGAAGGCAACUAUCCUAUCCAUCUAGCAUGCAAAAGUCACUCUGUUGAUGUAGUGAAGGAAUUUCUCGAUAAAUUCCCAUAUCCAAAAGAAUUCCUCAAUAAGAAAGGGCAGAACAUUCUUCAUGUAGCGGCCAAAUAUGGAAAAGGCAGUGUGGUUAGGUACAUACUUAAACAGGACCAGAAGCUCGUCGCACCGCUGGUAAAUGCGAUAGAUGAGGAUGGAAAUACACCUUUGCACUUGGCAGCAAGUUAUGGCCGUUGCAUGGCUACAUUUCUUCUUGUGCGUGACAAUCGCGUUAAACGUUUCAUUGUUAACAAUAGAAACUGGACACCAUAUGAGUUGGCUGAAGAAGUUUCCAAAAGAACUGAAGAGAUAUACAUAAAAACAGAUGAAAUGCGUGCCCAGGAACGAAGGCAGUUUGAUUCAAAGAACAGUAUCCCUGCGCACGAGAUCAAGGUCAAAGUAGUUGAUUCAGAUAAGAUGAAUACAAAAGAAGCAUCACCAAAGGACGCAAUAGCGGGCAAAGAAGUUGAUUCAAAUAAGAUGGAUGCAAAAGAGGCACCAUCAAAGGACGAAAUAGCGGUUGGGUAUUUUCACUUGUUGAUAGCAUUAUCGAUCUUAUUCGUCAAAGCCCGCCCUAAGAAAUCCCACAAGGAGCUUUUCCCUGUUACUCGACUACCUAUGUCACGAGCAAGAGAGGAAACAAAGACCAUGAUAGGGAAUCUUCUAGUGGUAGCAGUGCUUGUUGCCGGUGUAACCUUUGCGGGUGUUAUACAAUUGCCACAAUUAAGGGAUAACAAGAACUCAAGUGAUCAUCGUCGUCAUGAGAAUCUUAACAGCACUACUUAUACUGCCUCCCAUUACAGCAGUUAUGAGAGUCUUCUGCAUCAUUAUUUGUUUUUCGAUGUGGGGGCUUUAUCUAUCUCUCUGAUGGCAGCUCUAUUCCUUCUUUUGCCAAGCGUUAAUCAUCCCAAAUUUCAAAUCUCUGCAGUUGGGUUUUCAAUUAUCAUGGUUUGUUUGGCUAUUUUCAUGAUGUUCGGGGCAUUCCUUUUUUCUGUGAAAAUAGCAUUAAUAGGAUACCAUGGCUGGUUGUUAACAAUCUUCAUUACAGGGGUGGCCGUUGUUUUUCCUUCGAUUAUUCUGCUAUUUGUCACCCAAGUUCUUCUAAAAGUGCCCUUGCAUUAUAUCUACUACGGCCUUUUUUUCUUGUUUAUCUACGGUAGCUGGUGGCUGCCUAAUAAACUCUCUGAUCUCAAGAGAAAGCUCUCUGAUCACAAGAGAAAGCGCUCUGAUCACAAGAGAAAGCACAAUCUUUAGUUAGAUCAGAGGUCGGGAUUUUGGGAUCGAUAACAUCUUGGAUUGUGUCUGUCUAGCGAUUGUGCAUAGUAAUAAUUUGAACUUGUAAUAACUCUUGAGUUUCCAAUUGAAUGUAUGCGCACUUCUACUUUUUUUUUUUU